AUGAAUACCGCUGUCAAAGUCGCACUCCGUGUGCGUCCGCUUACACUUCAGGAGCAGAUCAACAACUGUUCAGAAAGUAUAUCAUAUGUGCCUAACGAGCCACAAAUCGGCAUCGUUGGAUCCGACAAAUCAUUCACAUUUGACUAUGUCUUCGAUGAAGAGACCACACAACGUAUGGUCUACGAAACAUGCGCUAAGGAGCUUGUUGAGCGUUUCUUGGAAGGAUUCAAUGUCACAAUUCUUGCAUACGGUCAAACAGGAAGUGGAAAGACUUAUAGUAUGGGAACAGGUCUGCAAUAUCAAAAUGCUGAUCAAGCUAUUGUACCAAGAGCAGCCCAUGCCAUCUUUGAAUCUUUAAUCUCUGAAAAAGAAAAAGAUCCAGCUAUGGAGUUCCAGGUCUUCGUCUCUUUCCUAGAACUAUACAACGAAGAGCUCAUCGAUCUCUUACAAACACAACCCCGUACCCGUAAAGAUUCAAUCCAAGUCCGCGAAGAUGGCUUCGGUGGUAUUUCAUGGCAUGGAGUAAAGGAACAGCAGGUUUGUUCAGCGCAAGAACUUUUGGACUGGCUUCAAAAAGGAACAUUAUGUAGAACAACAGCAGCAACAGACAUGAACCAGACCUCAUCCCGUUCUCACGCUAUUUUCUCAGUCAUCUUAAAGCAACAACGCUCAGAAGAAAUUGAAGAAGUUAAAGAGGGUGAAGAGUCGGGAUCACCAGCGACAACAACAGUUGUCACAACAAAGAAUGGAAACAACAGCAAACCCAUGAAGAAGCUCUCCUCAAAAUUCCACUUUGUCGAUCUAGCUGGAUCAGAAAGACUUAAACGUACAAGGGCUGUUGGAGAUCGUGCAAAAGAGGGUAUUUCGAUCAACUCAGGGUUGUUGGCUCUUGGUAAUGUCAUUAGCGCCCUUGGUGACGAGUCACGAAAGUCCUCCCACAUCCCAUACCGCGAUUCUAAGCUGACACGUCUGCUUCAGGACUCACUUGGUGGCAACAGUGCUACGCUGAUGUUAGCCUGCGUUUCUGGAGCUGAUGUUGAUAUCAAUGAGACUAUCAGCACACUUGUGUACGCCAACAGAGCCAGAAACAUCCGUAACAGGGUCGUUGUCAACCAUGAUUUCAAAGAUGCCAGCAGCGCAGAGGUUGCUCAACUGAGAGCAGAGAUCAAUCGUCUCAGAAUGGAGAACAGUGCCUUCAAGGCCAUGGGAUCCGGUCCUGCCGCGGAGUUGGACCAAAGACGCGCUGCAGAGGAAAUCAAGGCGUUACGAGGCGAGGUCACGCGUCUUCGCGACCGUCUCCGUGAAAGUAGUGAAGAGUUGUGCGAUGUCUUAGCAGAGCGUGACACUCUUCUAGUCGAACGUGAGGUAUCGGGCGACAACAUUGAGGCUCAUCCCAUCAUGAUCACCUAUCACCGCACGGUUAUGCAGCUGAAAGACCGCUUGAUCGCAGCCGAGGACCAAGCCUUGGAACUUCAAACGCUUCUUCAACAGAAGCCUAGUGCUGUCUUUGGUCGACGACAAACCCCACCCUCGCGUAACAAGGCACCCUCACCUUUCAAGAGAAAUGAGCCGCCAGUCACCGAUGAUGAACACGAUGCAGAUGGUGAGCAUGAAGAGCAUAGUAUUCGUCGUAAGGAUUCAUCUCCUCCACGUGGUCGUCAGUCCAAGCGUAGGAGUAGGCAGUCAUCCCGUGCAGUUUCGCGUUUUGAUUUUGGUUCCCAUGUGGGUAGCAUCACCACUGAGCCUGCACAGCUUCCUUCCAGCCCACCAAUCCCUCAAGUGGAGCAGACUCUCUCUGGCGGCGCUUCCUCGUGGUUCCAAAACCUCAAGACAGAGGAGAACCAACCCUUGUCGGCCCAACUCUUGGACUAUUCUUCGUCUUCCUCGUCCAUGUUGCAACGUCUCACUACUGUUGACUCCUCAGACUCAUCUCAUGAAUUCUCACGCAGACGUAGAGCUGCUCGUCAUGGGUCUGGCGGUGUUGGCGAGAAUGUAGACAAAGCCAAAGAGGACAUUCGCCGUGGAUUGCUCUUGCUUAAGGCUGAGAAGAAUGGUAUGGGUAUGGACAUGGACUUGCUUAACAUGCUUGAUCCUUCUGCACCCGCUGUGCAGCUAAGACCCAGCCCAGCAGCAAGUCGUCGCCGCGACUCUAUGACCUCUUCCAUGUCUUCAGGCUCCAGCCAUCGAUCUCGUUUCCAUGCCCUUCCCACCUUGGAGGACGUUGCUAAUGGUAGCCCCAUUUCGCCUAUGCGAGCUUCAUUCCCUCUGCCUCCAGGCCUUUCUUCCUGGAAGGAGGCCACUGCUAGCCCUCAGGAUCAAAAGGUCUUCUUCGAGGCUGAGCAAAAGGCGGCCGAGACCCUCGCCAAUGCUAUGAAGGCCAUGCACCGUUUCAGCUUCCCAUUGUCUGCCUCGGAUACGAUGCAGAUAAGCCAGCAGCAGCAGCAAUCUCGUCUUGCAGCAGCCAUCCAGCAGCAAAAGGCCGCCGCUAUUGCUCUUCCAGAUUCCGAUACUGGCUCGAUUCGCUCUGGUUCUCUCCAUGAGUCUAGCUCAUUCAGAGCUCCUUUAUCGGUCAAGUCCGUGCCUCGUAGUACUGGUGAGAGUAUUCCCUCCAAGCUUUCUGAGAAGAUGAACUUUGAUAGCAUGCUCAACGAAGUCCAGAACGGUAUUGACAGCAAAGAGGAACUGGUCCAUCAACUUGAGAGGGCUGAAGUUGACUAUCACAACAUGCGCUCCCAGUAUGAGGUGGAGAUCCGCGCUAUGGAAGAUAGGAUCCGUGAGACUGAGAUGGAUCGUGAGCGUGAAAAAUGCAGCGAGAACAAGCUUUCAGGUUCUGUUAAGAUCAAGUAUGAAGCCAAGAUCAAGUCACUUAUGUCUGAGCUCUCUGAUCUGCAGCACAAGUAUGCAGAUGUAUCCAAGAUCGCGAACGAGAAGCGCAGCGUCGCCGAGAACCAGCUUAGAAGCUUACGUGUGGCUGUGGAGACUCUCAAGGCUGAGAAACAGCGUAUGAUCAAGCGUAUGAAGGAGGACGCUGAGCGUAUUAAGGAAAUGAAUGCUGCCAAUGAUCGUGAAAUUCAGGCCUUGCGACGUGCCGAGAAGGCUGCUCAAGAUGGACGCAAGAAGGCAGAGCGCGAGGUCGAGUUGCAGAUGCAGCAACAGCGAGCCGCCAUGCUUCAGCGCAACACAGCCGGCAAUGCCAACAAUCAACAAUCCAAAGUCAUUGGUUUCCUCAAGAAACCUCAAACACCCAAGGGCAUCACCAAAGCACCCAAGCGAUCACCUCGCAUCGGCGUAUCUUCCGAGCGCAACGACAGUAUGGGCUCUUCUGUGCCCGCACCAAGGGCCAAAGCCAAUAAGACCUCUAUUCGCUUGCAGGUGUCUCAAAAGAAGCAGGUCAUCGACCGUGCCAUCUAUGGUUACAUUUCUGGAAGACAUGCUAUUAACGUUAUGGAGGACUUGCUCAAGAAACGCCAACGCCUGAGGAGUGAGAAGCAAGAGCUGGAGCAGGAGCGUGUCAAAGUAGUUCAGGCUCAAGAAGAGAGCGCUGUUGCCAAUGGCACUGUCAUGCUCGACUUUGCAAGCGAGCCACAGUACAUGGAUGAUCGUCUCAACAUGAUCGAUGCAGAGAUUGCUUACAUUAACGCUAGAAUCAAAGCUUUGCAGGCCGAGGCUGCUGCUCUGGGAUUCGUGACCGCCAUCAGAAACUCGAGUGAUGAAGAAGGCAAGGAUGGAUCCACUGUUUGUGAUGAGGAAGAGUUGAUGGCCAAGUUGAUCCGUCAAGGCAUGGCAGAAGACGCUAUGGGCCUUCCGCCAGGCUCUGGUGCUGCUGUAGCGUUCGACUCUUCCAUUUCCAUCUUGCGCUCGCUGGAUCUUCAUGAGGCAAGGGAAUUCCUUGAGAUGAUCUUUGAGGACAUGGUUGCUGUGCGCAGCCACGAGAAUAGUCUACUUGUUCAAGUUACAAACCAAGAGAAGAUCAUUGAGGAGCUCAAACGUGCGUUGCAGGCUAUGCGUCAGGCUGCCGUAGGAGUUACACUCGGAUACGAGAAACGUUGCGAUGGAUUGGAGCAAAAGCUUCGUCAGCUUGGAUCUUCAGAUGCCAUGGCUAGGCCCAACGUUGAUGGCUCAUCUGAGGAAGAUGAGAAUGAUGCUGAAGUUGCUCGGUUGAAUCGUGCUGCGUUUGGAGGUGAUGAUAUGAAGUCGCCAAUCUUGAGUCGAAAUGACCCCAAGGAUGUGAUGUGGACGCCCUUACCCGACAAUGCUCUCCCUUCAUCUGGAUCGGUUGCAGAAGCUCUCCUAGGUGACAAGUCGAAGCGUGUCUCUACUAUCUUUGACCAACUCUAUGAGGAUGCCAUCAAGACUUCAGAUGAGGCUUCUCCUAAGGUUGGCGGUACUGGAGGAGAGUUCUCACGCAUGUUGAUUGUCAAUCAAGAACGCCGUGUCUCUUGGGCUGGUGUACCAGCUAUGGCUACAGAGGAUAACAUUCCUCAGGAGCAAGAGCAACAACAACAGCAACAACAGCAACAACAGCAACAACAACAACAACAACAACAGCAGCAGCAAAUCCAACGCUUAAAUCGUUCUAGUAGCACUAGCGCUAUAGGUACCAAGACUAUCCCUGAGCGCCCCGAAAUCCAGAGAAGCAAUACAGCAACGUAUGGACAUCGUCGUGGCGCAAGCACUGGGCAAGGCCUCGGCAUCUCUACUAGUACUGCGAACCGUAGCAGCAAUAAUUCGAACCGCCUCUCGACUGGUAGUAUGGAUGUUCAAUUGUCAAGAGCGUAUGCUCCAACAGCAUCCAGCCGCCAGCACGAAAAUGUUUUUGCUAGACGCAGCUCUACGCCAAUCGGAAGCGGAGCUGGAAGCAGCCCAGCUGUUGGACCCAAAUCAUCUAAUCGACCCCGCUACAGCUCUAAUAAUGAUGGCCCUCUUCCUUCGCCCUCGCAUAACCCUCCUCGUCCUCCCUUGACCAUCCAGACUGGAUUCGGGCCUGGUCAUCCCCCACUUCGACAUGCCAAGAGCCACCAGUCUCUGCGUCAUAGCUAUGAUAGCCGUCGCCAUAGUACGCCCAGCCCUGGUCCUGGCAGUCGGCGUAUGCCUCUGCCUCGAUCUGAAUCGGAUGGAGCCGGUUUUGCCGGUCCGACUGCAUCCUCUAUUGGUAAGGUCAACAAUGGAAACGCUCGCCCUCUCAGUCGGAUUGGUGCAGCCAACAUGAUGACAACAACGCAGACAGCGACCAACAUGGUCCAUGGCUCAGACGGCAACCACCAUCAAGAACAUCACAUAAUGCCUCUCCACCUCAACAACGCGCGACGCACUAGCGGUCCUUGGGAAGAUAACCAGAAUGUGUAUGAGCGUCUGGCUUCAAUUCAUACUCAAGCUAGCCAGGCUCGAAUCCUGGCGACCAGACACAGUGUCAACUUUGGGUCUAUUUCAUCGGGUCCUGCGGGCGGGAGCAUGAUGACCAGUACCGGUAACUUCCAACAAAUCCAACAGGCGGGCGGCCGCGCGACUCCUAGUGGGGACCGGCUCCGUAUGCACCGUCCAUCUGUAGAUGGUCUGAUGAUGGCGGCAGCUGGAGGCCAUCAUAACAAUGGUGCAGAGGGAGCGGAUGGUGGAGAGAGGAACUGGUCUUCUAACUCUUCUUCAUCUGUGACCUCAGCCGAGUCGAACAAUUCUCCUGCAGAGAACGAAUCGUCUCAACACCACACGACUAUCCCAGACCCUAUUCAGUCCCUGUCCAAGUCGGAAGUCUCUGUAUUUUAG